AGAAUCCACAUGUGCGUUGUUAUUGACAAAGACCAACUGUUACGAAAACAACGUAAUAUUUUGUGCUGAAUGAUCUAAGCUGAGUGAAUUAUCGUUAUUUCUUCAAUUUAUUAUACGAGGUUUGUAUACGACCCGAUUCUGUUAAAAUAUGGGUAAGAGGAAACUAAAUGACACAGAGCAAAAUGAGGAAACAUACGACCUACCGGCUAAACACAUGAAUUCCUCGCAUAUUCGAUCGAAUGAACGGAAAUUGAUUGUAAUUUUGGAAGGAGCUCAGCUCGAAACUGUUAAGGUUGGCUCAGUCUUUGAAUUGCUGAAUUGUGAUGAUCACCUCAAUAUAUUGAAAAAGCACCAUCGAGAGCCGGGAAGCUGUCGGCCAGAUAUCACACACCAAUCAUUGCUAAUGCUCAUGGAUUCGCCACUAAAUCGAGCAGGGUUGCUUCAAGUGUAUGUUAAAACACACAAAAAUGUUUUAAUUGAGAUAAACCCGCAAACCAGGAUUCCCCGAACGUUUAAACGAUUUGCAGGAUUGAUGGUACAAUUGCUUCACAAGUUCAGUAUCAAAGCCAAUGAUUCUACAAAGAAGCUCAUGCGUGUCAUCAAAAACCCGAUCAGUAACCAUCUCCCAGUAGGAUGCCGCAAAUACGCCAUGUCCUUUAGUGCUUCCAAGGUAGAACACCCACGUGAACUGGUACCCAAAAAAGACGAACCUCUGGCGCUGGUCGUUGGGGCAUUUGCCCAUGGUAGUCUAAACGUAGAUUAUACCGAAGGCGCUUUUUCUAUCAGUAACUAUCCGCUAUCAGCAGCACUUGCUUGUAGCAAACUAUGUUCGGCUUUUGAGGAGUCAUGGGGAAUAAUUUAACAUCGAAUAAAUAAUGUUAUGUUGCAACGAUAAA